ACAGGAAAUUUCGGCAGUGCACCAACAGGGUUUGGGCUUGGUACAAGCACAGCAUUUGGAUCUACAGCAGGUAAAAUGUCUAAUCAGCAAGUUUACACGUCUGACAACCUUGCUGCUUUGGCAACUGCUCUGUCAUUACCUACUGUGUAUGGAGAUGAGAGAGAUACCCUCUUAGCCAAAUGGAACCAGCUGCAAGCCUUUUGGGGAUCAGGGAAAGGUUACUAUGCACCUAAUGCUGCCCCUGUCACCUUUGCCCCGGAUAACAUUUUCUGUCGUUUCAAGGCAAUAGGCUUUAGUCGGAUACCGGAAGGAAGAAAUGAGGAAGGUCUUUGCAUGCUAAUCAUCAACAAAAAAGACACAGAGGUGAUCCAGCAGCAGCAGCAGCUCGUGGAUAGUUUAUACAGGUUACUGGGUAGCAAACCAACUCUGUCCGUCUGCGUUGAAGGUGUGAAGCCGAUUCCAGAUAACAAAUGCGAAGUCGUGAUGUAUGUCCUAGAAAGAGCCGCCACUGGGGCAUCGCGGCGUGUUCCUGCAAUGGACCUCUUCAGCUUUCUAAACACGGUCAGAACUCAGCUUGUAGGAAUGGGCAUAGACACUGUCAUUCCCAAGUUAGCUCCUACAAAGGAGCAGCUGGCUGAAUACCUGAAAAAUCCUCCUGCAGGUAUUGAUCCACUGAUAUGGCAACAGGCUAAGCUGGACAACCCCAAUCCCGGAUUAUUGAUACCGGUCCCAAUGAUUGGCUUCACGGAACUGUACAGAAGGCUGAAGUUCCAGGAACAGGAAACAAAGUUACACCAAGGACGUUUAGAUGUAAUGAUAAGGCAGGAAGUAGCGAGAAAGCAAGGAUAUGCUAUACAGGUGGAUGAGGAGCAGCUUAGAGAUCAGUUGGAAGCUAUACAGAAUGAACUUAAUGCACCAACACAGUUUAAGGGUCGACUGAAUGAGCUGAUGUCACAGAUCCGCAUGCAGAACGAGAUGAGUGGAAUGCGCUGGGAAGACAAGUACAGCAUAGAUGAACACCUGCUGCAGGAAAUAAAGCAGCAUUUGAAGAAGCAGCAUGACGGUAUUUCACAUCUAAUCAGUGUCAUUAAGGACGAUAUGGAGGACCUUUCAAUUAUCCAACAAGGCCUGCAGAUUACACAGCCAAGCUACAGGAGGUAGCAAUACUUGUCUUCUUACCACACCUGUCCGACCGACUGUUAAUGCAAAUCGAGCAUUGGCUGUGCGUAGGAGGUUGCACACCUUAGUAUGUCACUAGCUUCAGGGCGUCAAUUUUUCUUUUUGAUUACUUGUUACUCGGUGGCAUUAAAGUUUCAUGUACAGCCUACAGGCAUUAUAGUAUUAGCCUGAUAACACAAAUCUGUUAGCAUGUGUGGGAUUGGUUCAAUAUCUAUCAUUGUUGUUGCCAUGGCAACAGCCUCAAUUUUUAUUUUGUCCACCAAUCUGAUGAAACGAGUAGUGCAUUUUUGUUGACAAUCUCGUACUUCAUAUCUUCAUUCUCAUUAUUCCCAUCAGUGUGGCAUCAAGUACGGAGCCGUGAAGCUAUUGGUGUAGGUUUAGUUGCCAUAGCAACCAGGUUCCACUGGUGUAUACUCUCAUCACAUGGUUCGUUUUCGUUCUGCAUUUCCUGUCACUUGCAGCUGGGAUGCAGGAUCUAUCCCGAAUUGAAUAUUUCUGUAUCUUGUGUUGAAUCAUGCAAGGAACUAAUGAACAGCUCAACACCGCAAAAUACUAUGAAAUACUAACGUUAAAGAUGUGAAUUGUUUUCUCAUUGUAUAGCAAUGUAUCCCUGAUAAUAAGGAAUAAAAAUCAUGUACAUAUUA